GUAGAAUGCAGCUUUCCGGAGGAGGAGAGGGAGAGGAGAAACAGAAUGAGUUAACUUCAAUCCCCUGAGUUUUGGCCUCUAGUUUUUCUCUAGAUUGAAGGCAAAAGGCUGACAGUGCAAACCCUGGGGAACCGUAGGGGAAGACUAACAUCCCUCCCUACAUGCUCCUUUUCCUCUGACACCUUUCAGGCAAGAAAAACCCUUAACCUCUGCAAGGUCCCAGAAGCCAACGCUGACUAAAAACCAGUUUAAAGUCAGCCGCGGAGCGCCAGUAGAGGCACCGCCCCGCAGGCAUCUGUGCAUGCACAUGCGCGUGCGCAAAGGCUCCUGGGAAGCCGCCUCUUCUCCCGGUCUUCCAGUUUCCCGGCGUGCUUCGGGCCCGCCAAAUGGGAGGGGGAGACUCAAGAUGGCGGUAGCCGUGAACUCCGGCUCUAGCCUCCCGCUUUUCGACUGCCCGACCUGGGCAGGUAAACCCCCACCUGGUUUACAUCUGGACGUAGUCAAAGGAGACAAACUAAUUGAGAAACUGAUUAUUGAUGAGAAGAAGUAUUACUUAUUUGGGAGAAACCCUGAUUUGUGUGACUUUACCAUUGAUCACCAGUCUUGCUCUCGGGUCCACGCUGCACUGGUUUACCACAAGCAUUUGAAGAGAGUUUUCUUGAUAGAUCUCAACAGUACACAUGGCACUUUCUUAGGUCACAUUCGGUUGGAACCUCACAAGCCUCAGCAAAUUCCCAUCGACUCCACGGUCUCAUUUGGUGCAUCCACAAGGGCGUACACUCUCCGUGAGAAGCCUCAGACACUGCCAUCAGCUGUGAAAGGAGAUGAGAAGAUGGGUGGAGAAGAUGAUGAACUCAAGGGCUUAUUGGGGCUUCCAGAGGAGGAAACUGAGCUCGAUAACCUGACAGAGUUUAACACUGCCCACAACAAGCGGAUUUCUACCCUCACCAUUGAGGAGGGAAAUCUGGACAUUCAGAGACCAAAGAGGAAGCGGAAGAACUCACGGGUGACUUUCAGUGAGGAUGAUGAGAUCAUCAAUCCAGAGGAUGUGGAUCCCUCUGUUGGUCGCUUCCGGAACAUGGUCCAAACUGCAGUGGUCCCAGUCAAGAAGAAGAGGGUGGAAGGCCCUGGCUCCCUGGGCCUGGAGGAAUCAGGGAGCAGGCGCAUACAGAACUUUGCCUUCAGUGGAGGACUCUACGGGGGCCUGCCCCCCACGCACAGUGAAGCGGGCUCCCAGCCACAUGGCAUCCACGGGACAGCACUCAUCGGUGGCUUGCCCAUGCCGUACCCGAACCUUGCCCCUGAUGUGGACUUGACUCCUGUCGUGCCAUCAGCAGUGAACAUGAACCCCACACCAAACCCUGCAGUCUAUAACCCUGAAGCUGUUAAUGAACCCAAGAAGAAGAAAUAUGCAAAAGAGGCUUGGCCGGGCAAGAAGCCCACACCUUCCUUACUGAUUUGAUAUUUUUGGUCAUGGAGAAGGGUGGGAUUGGGUGGGAGUGGGGUGGAAGGGUGAUGAGGGAGCUAAUGUACUAGGGAGAAAAACUUUCCACGUGUGCAGUAUCUCUUUCAGAAUGUCUCCUGGGGUCCUGACCAUGUAUAUUAGACUGGGGUGGGCUGAAAUACCCCAUGAAGCUGUCUUCACAACACUGCUGGUGUAGAGAAAGAUUUUGUAGGUUGUUUUAAGUAGACUGCUCUGGUUCUUUCCCAGCCUUCCAUUGCCUCCUUCGUCCUUCUCCCUCUCUUUAGUAUUUUUAUGUGACGUUGCAUAGCCCAGGUAGGAUCCAGAGCUGUGGAGGUGGCAGUAGCCUCACCAGUCCUGGGGAUCCAGCAACCUCAUUUACAUUUACUAUCCUUGUAAAUCUCAUGGAUCCCAGGUUGAUCAAAAAGGGUUAGCAUUCUAAAGUUAAGCUAAGGUUUAAACCCCAAAAUGUUUUCUUGAGUCAGUGGUUUUUUGUUUGGUUGGGUUUUCUUUUUCUUUUCUUUUUUUGGUACCAGGGAUCAAACUCAGGACCUUGUGUUUGCGAGGCAGGUGCAGUGCCACUGAGCUACAUCCCUGGCCCAAAUCAGUGGUUUUGAGGUCCAAUAGUUAGGCUUUUCUUUUGUCCUUUCUGUUGGAAUGAGAACACUUUGAUUUCCCUUUGUCUAUGACCAGUGCAGGUUUAUAAAAGUUUUUAACUUGCAGUAUUGUUUUAACUUUACCUGUUUUCUUGUCAAACUUGAGCACUUCAUUUACCUAAGUUUCUUUCUCAUUUAGUUCUAAAGUACUGUCCUCUCCUCUCUAAGCCAUUACUUUCCUUUUUCAGUGUGUUAUGAAGGCAAUUUUUUUUUCAGGAUAUGACCAAUUAGGGCGAUUCAAAUUAAAAAGAAAAUAUUUUACUUUGCAAGCAAUUGAUGUCUCUCAGAGGACAUUUUUACCUGUUGGUUUGGAGGCUCUUCCCCCUCAGUUGAGAGCUUUGCUUCCUCAGAGCUCCAAGAGAAGACCUGGCUGACAAACAGGAGACCGAGGUAGGAAACAUUGAUACGAGCUUUGUACAGAGAUUUGUACAUUUGUGUAAUAGGGCUUUUCAUGCUUUAUGUGUAGCUUUUUACCUGUAGCCUUUAUUACAUUGUAAAUUAAAUGUAACUUUUGUCAU